UGCUUUAGAAAAUGGAUGGUCACCCUUUUAUUGUUUUAUUUUUUGUUUUAUUUAAGAGGUAAAACUAAUGUAAGAUCCACCACACCAAUGGCUGCACCAAGAAGUACCAAAGCUAAUAUUCAAAAAACAAAGCCAGAAAAAGACUUGGAAUUAAUUCAAAGGAUUGGAAGUGGUACCUAUGGAGAAGUUUACAAGGCGAGAAUUAAAGCAACUGGAGAUCUUGCUGCAGUUAAAAUCAUAAAUGUGGAGCCAGGGGAUGACUUUGAUGUAAUCCAACAAGAGAUAUGCAUCAUGCAGGAUUGUAAACAUGCAAAUAUAGUUCAAUAUUUUGGAAGUUAUCUCAGGAGGGAUAAACUCUGGAUAGCUAUGGAGUUCUGUGGUGGUGGAUCACUUCAAGAUAUAUAUCAUGUAACUGGACCAUUAACAGAAGCAAUGAUUGGUUGUAUAUGUACAGAAAUGUUGAAGGGCCUUGAAUACAUGCACAAUCAAAAUAAAAUACACCGUGACAUAAAAGGUGCAAAUAUUCUGCUGACAACCGAAGGGGAUGUUAAGCUGGCUGACUUUGGUGUUGGUGCUCAAAUAACCUCCACAAUUGGUAAAAGAAGUUCCUUUAUAGGGACACCCUACUGGAUGGCACCUGAAGUAGCUGCUGUAGAACGUACUGGUGGUUAUGAUCAAAUGUGUGAUGUAUGGGCAGUUGGAAUCACAGCAAUAGAACUAGCAGAAAUGAAACCACCCCUCUUUGACCUUCAUCCAAUGAGAGCAUUAUAUUUAAUUUCGAAAAAAAAUUACACCCCUCCUGUUUUAAAGGAUAAAAAUAAAUGGUCCACUUCAAUGAAAGAUUUUGUAAAACUAAGUUUAACAAAGAAUCCAAAGAAAAGGCCACCAGCAGACAAAUUAUUGCAGCACCCGUUUUGUCAAAAUCGUACAGUGCGAAAUACAUUGAGUGAAUUGUUAGAUAAAUUUGAAGGCUUGAAACAGAAAAAGAAAUAUAGAUACAAAGAAGUUGACGACAGCGGUGAGGAGGAACAUGAAGAGAAAAAAGGAGGUGAAGAAAAGGAAAGUACUGUGAAGAGAAUAAAAUCAAAGAAAGAAAAAAACAAAAAAGAAAAAUUAAACUUACCUGAUAAAAACUCUCAACCUAUCAAAAAAGAAACUGAACCAGAAAGAAAGGUGACCCUGCCACAUGAAAAGGAAAAGGGCAACUCAACAUUUUAUGCUAAGGAAUUGGACGAGCCAGAGGAAGUUAGCACAAUAAAAGAGGCACCAAAGAAGCAACUUCGUCCAGCACCUCCUAUUCCCAAAACAGAGCCAGUAGCUGAUCAGCAAUUAUCAACGCUAAAAAAAGAAAGUGCUCCAACGAAAAAAGAAUCGCCGCCACCGCCACCACCUAAGAAGCCUCUACAUCGACCAGCAGCUUCUACUCCGAGCAACGGUGCUCAACCUCAAGCACCACCACCACUUCCACCUCGUGUGCCUACCGAGAACAAAAGACCAUCUUCUGGAUUGUUUAAUCAAAGGACACAAGCUAACUGCUUCUCAAAGAUUUUUAAUGAAUGCCCGUUAAACGCGUUUUGUGCUACAAGUUGGACACAUCCUGAAACUAAAAAUCACCACCUAUUGUUUGCAUCUGAUGAAGGGAUAUAUAGUUUAAAUUUAGAUGACUUACAAAAUAUAGAAAUGUUUCAGAUAUUUUCACGUCCUUGUAAAUGGGUAUACGUUAUUAAAAAUAUUCUUGUUUCAAUAUGUGGUUCACCUUCAUUUGUGUACAUGCAUAAUUUAGUCUCGCUGCAUGGACAGCAAAAUAUCGACCAGUUCAUUCCACUACCUAAGGGAGUUGCAUACACAACAAAAGUACCUGGAACCUCCAAUGCGCAAAAAUGUUGCGUAGUGCACAAUCCAUACAAUAACCAAAUGUAUCUAUUUGUUGGACGAAGAGAGGCUGUGUUAUUGUUGCAAUGGUAUGAACCUAUGCAAAAGUUUAUGAUCGUCAGAGACUUUGAUUGCAAGCUACCUCCCACGUUGACAAUUUUUGAACCGAUUGUGGUCAAGGGUCGUGAAUAUCCUAUUCUCUGCGUAGGAGCUUAUCAUUUGCCAAAUGGCGACAUUUUAAUUGAUAAGUUAGACUUAGAAAGUGGAUCUAACUGGGAGCCACGAACAGAUUGCACGCCAAUUGAUGUCAAGACUUUUUCACAACUGGAGAAAGACGUUGUUAUGAUAGCGUUCGAUAGAAGAGUUAUUUUUACAGACAUUGACGGUAAAAAAUUACGAGUACGAAAUCGGUUAACAGAAUUGAAUUUUGAUUACGAUUUAACUUCGGCCGUUUGUCUACCUGGAACUGUAAUGACAUUUAACACGAAUGGAAUUCAAGGGAAGAGUUUAGUUGAUAGUUCUGUGACAGCUCAAUUUACUGACAGCGCAAGACAGUACAAAUUAUUAGGUUCAGACAGAAUUGUUGUUAUUGAAAGCAAAGUCCAAACAGAGAAUUAUUCCAAUCUAUACAUCUUGGCGAGUGGUUAAUGUCACUGCAACAACACUAUGGGCAUGUUUUCAAGCUAGUUUUAAAUGCUCGUGUAAAAGCACUGAAUAUCCAAGAUGGCGACGCAACUACGACAUCCGUUUGUUGGUUUUGGCCGAACGUGCCGUGGUUGGUUUUGGCCGAACAAUCCAACAAGUUUAAUACUUUAUGUCGACAAAUGACACGGCUCAUUCAUUGAUUGGCUGAUAGUAUUUCUCAUAGUAUGUUUGAAUGUCGGUGUACGUAAUAAUAGCAUAAAAUAUUUUGAAGUUGCUUGAUAAAUAGGCAUAUAUAUAUAUAUAUUUU